UAUUAUUAUUUUUCUCUAAUUAGUGUUAUCUUUCUGAUUUGAUUGUAAGCGCUGUUUUGUGGCGAAGAACUCUGGGGAAUCUCUUUUUCCAGGCUCCUCUAUUUUUGGAGCUGUUUCCGGUAGCAGAGCAGUGAUUGCACUUGAGUUUCAGGCCACCAAAUUCUUCGGAUUCCCACUUUGAAGUUGUUGAGAUAGAUCCACGUGAAAGCUGCUCGUGUUUUCUGGGUCAUCACUUUGUUAAAUUUGAUGAAGCUUUCCGAGAAUAUAUUUUCCUGGAGAUAUUUUCUUGGGAAACAAACAGAGAGUUUGGUUUCAUAGUGGGUCCUUCUAGGCACUCCGAUUAUUCAAUACUGAUCUGGUUUUUAGUGUUGGAGAAGGGCAAUGGAGUCAGAUCUUCAACGCCGGAAUCAUUAUCAUCAACCUCAACAGCAUCAAAAACAGUUGAACACUGGCUUGACAAGGUAUCAGUCUGCACCCAGUUCGUAUUUUUACAAUAUUUUGGACAGAGAUUUCUGUCAAGAGAUUCUAAACCGGCCGUCGAGUCCCGAAACAGAACGAAUUAUCGCCCGGUUUCUAUCGAGCAGCGACGACGCCGGGGGCAGUGUUGGGGAUAAUCCAGAGAACAUUUCCGACCAGAAUCUUGGCUCGAUAACUCCCAAAUCACCCGUUAGAGAAACGGCAGUAAAAAUAGAGCCGCAAACGCAGAUUAUGACACAAAUGAAUAAUCAAACAGGGGUUUUUCUCCACCAGCAGCAGGGGAAUUACUCCUCUGUUCCACAGAAUUUUUAUCAAAGCCAACCUCAACAGCAUUUGUCAAAUCAGCAACCCAAUUCAAGUAUGAAUUACAGGGUUCUGAGCUCGACGGAGACGUCGCGGCCAACACAGAUGAAGAUGGGAAACGGAAAUAAUUCGAGUCUUAUUCGACAUAGCAGCUCCCCUGCAGGGUUAUUCUCCGAUAUAAACAUUGAAAAUAUUGCAGGCUAUGGUGUGAUGAGAGGAAUGGGAGAUUAUGGAAGCAUUAAUAGCGGUAACAAAGAAGCAGCAUUUCCUUCGGCAAGCAUGCAGCCUCCGUCUAGACUAAUGAGUCCGAAACCGAGCUCCGAGAACGCUGGAUUAUCGAGACAAAAUCUUCCCUACAAUUAUUCCUCGGGGUUUCCGGUUUCUUCUUGGGAUGACUCGAUGAUGGUUUCUGAUAACAUUUCCGGUGUAAAAAGGCUCCACGAAGACGAUGGACCGCUUUCCGGCUUAGACUUCGACGGAGCAACUCAGAACACGAUGGUUGCCGGAAACCAUCCACCGCCACUUUUGGCUCAUCAUUUGAGUUUACCGAAGAGUUCGCCGGACAUGUCUGCCAUAGAGAAGCUAUUGCAGUAUCAGGAUUCGGUUCCGUGCAAGAUCCGGGCCAAGAGAGGGUGUGCCACUCACCCUAGAAGCAUUGCCGAAAGGGUAAGAAGAACCAAAAUAAGCGAACGCAUGAGGAAGCUUCAAAACCUUGUUCCAAACAUGGAUAAGCAAACAAACACAUCCGACAUGUUAGAUUUGGCUGUUGAUUAUAUCAAAGAUCUCCAAAAACAGGUGCAGACACUCUCGGAGAAUCGUGCAAGGUGCUCGUGUGGUUCCAAGCACCAGCAGCAACAAUAGUAGGUAAUAAUAAUUUAAAAAGUAUAAUUUAUUG